GAUUUGUGGAGUUUCUGUUGCCAUGACACUCUUUUGUAUUUAUGUAUUUCUACACAGAGGUACUCGGCAUCUCAAUUUCUUUAUAUGCCGUGACGAUAUUAUUUAAAUAAAACAACAUUAUGCCUCCGAAAAAGAAAAGCACAAAAUCUGUGAAGGGAAAGACUAGUACUGUAGUCGAUGGGCUUUCUACAGAGGACAUGUCGAAGGAGCAGCUGGAGGAACACAUUAUCCGGCUGCGUGAGGAGCUGGACCGGGAGCGAGAAGAGCGCAAUUACUUCCAGCUUGAAAGAGAUAAGAUACACACCUUUUGGGAGAUCACCAAAAGACAAUUGGAUGAGAAGAAAGCUGACCUUAGAAACAGAGAAAGAGAAAUGGAAGAAGCUGAAGAGAGUCAUCAAACAGAAAUCAGGGUGUACAAGCAGAAGGUUAAGCACUUGCUGUAUGAACAACAGAACAGCAUUGUGGAGCUUAAGACAGAAGGAGUGGUUGCCACCAAACUUCUGGAGAAAGAGCAGGCAGAUCUUGAGAACGAGCUGAGGAGAGGCAUGCGCAGCCUGAAAGUGGACCAGAAAGAUCAAGAGUUCUCAACUGAGAACUACAUCAAGAACCUAAAAUUGAGCCAUGAUAAAGAAAUCACCAAGCUGAGAAGUGAAUUUGAGGAGAAAGUACGAGAAAUCGAGGCUACAUAUGAGAAGAAGAUGCAAAAACAACGAGAGCAGCAAGACCUGAGGCGCAAGACUGAGAUCCAUGAGAUCGAACAACGGAAGAACAUCCAUGUUAACACACUGAUAAAGAACCACGAGAAAGCCUUUAGUGAUAUUAAGAACUAUUACAGUGACAUCACUCUCGGGAGCUUCAACCAAAUCAGCUCGCUUAAGGAGCAAGUAGCAGACAUGAAGAAGAAGGAGGAGCGGUUGGAGAAGGAGAUGGCUGAAGUUCAGCAGCAGAACAAGCGUUUGACUGAGCCGUUGCAGAAAGCCACACAGGAAGUGUCCGAGCUCCAGAAACAGCUCGCCAACUAUACGAAGGACAAAGCCUUACUGGCGAGAGUGAAAGCACGUCUCAAAGUUGCAGAUAAGGAGCUGAAGGACCUGAAAUGGGAGCAUGAAGUGUUGGAGCAGAGAUUCAGUAAGGUGCAGCAGGAGCGUGAUGAACUUUAUCAGAAGUUCACCAAGGCCAUCUUAGAGGUGCAGCAGAAAAGCGGCUUUAAGAACCUGCUUCUGGAGAGGAAACUGGAAGCUCUUACAGACACCCUGGAGAAGAAAGAGGCACAGCUUAAUGAGGUCCUUGCUGCCUCUAAUUUAGAGCCCAGUGCACUGAAUGUGGUGACUCGCAAGCUGGAGGAAGUGUUGGACUCGAAAAACGUAGCUAUUAAGGACCUGCAGUAUGAACUGGCUCGUAUGUGUAAGGCGCAUAAUGACCUGCUGAGGACCUAUGAAGCUAAACUGAAGGCUUUCGGCGUCCCUGCAGACGAACUGGGCUUUAAACCACUGGAGAGCAGCUUAUUAAAGCAAACCCUUGGUCAGGGACCAGCUGGCUUGGUGUCUGCACCGCUUUAAUCUGCAAAUCAGCUCCAAUAAAUAUAUUUCAAAAAAUAAAUA